CCUCAAUCUCUCCAAUUAUAUCAAGUUAUCAAGUCCAUUAGCUCACGUAAUUAGUUGUGCUAAGAUAAUGGCAACAAAAAUCAGAUUUCUUCCGACCCCAAUUAUAGUACUGAUAUUAACCAUUUUUCUCAAUUCAUCAUUAACUCAAAGUGGUCCAACUCCAACGUACAAUGUACUAGGUUUCGGGGCGAAAUCCGACGGCAGAAGUGAUUGCACUAAGUCUUUUCUCAGCGCAUGGGCUGCAGCUUGUGCUUCUGUCCAGCCUUCAACGAUUUAUGUUCCUCCGGGAAGAUAUUUGAUCGGUGCCGUUGAGUUUUCGGGAAUAGCUUGCAAGAGCAGUGGCAUAACUUUGCGAAUUGACGGAACCCUAGUAGCUCCGUCGGAUUACAAUGUCCUUGGCCGGAUUAACACCUGGAUUAAGUUUGAGAGAACCAAUGGACUUUCAAUCUUAGGAGGGACUAUUGAUGGCCAAGGUGCCGGUCUAUGGGCUUGUAAAAACACUCACAAACAUUGUCCUAGAGGAACACAGUCAUUGGGAGUUUACAACUCAAAUAAUGUAUUAGUGAAUGGGUUGACUUCAUUAAACAGCCAAUUUUUCCACAUCAUAAUUGAUGGAUGCAACAACAUCAGGCUGAUAGGAAUGACUAUUUCAGCUCCAGCUGAAAGCCCCAACACUGAUGGAAUUCAUGUUCAAUCAUCAUCCGGAGUCACAAUAAUGAAUUCACAUAUCGCAACUGGAGAUGAUUGUAUCUCCCUAGGUCCAGGAUGUUCUAAUGUUUGGGCUGAAAGCAUCAAUUGUGGCCCUGGCCAUGGAAUUAGCAUUGGAAGCUUGGGGUCAAGUGUUCAAGAACCAGGUGUCCAGAAUGUAACAGUUCGAACGGUCACAUUUACGGGAACACUAAAUGGUUUGAGGAUCAAAACAUGGGCAAAACCUAGCAACGGAUUUGUCCGGGGAGUACUAUUUCAGCAUGCAACAAUGGUUAACGUACAAAAUCCGAUCAUCAUCGACCAAAACUACUGUGCCAAGGGCACCGGAAGAUGCUCCGGUCAAGCUUCGGGGGUGAGGAUUAGUGAUGUAACGUACCAAGAUAUUCACGGAACAUCGGCAACACAAGUGGCGGUGGAUUUUGACUGCAGUAAAAAGUAUCCAUGCAGUGGAAUAACCCUUCAAGAUGUUCAUCUUUCUUACCAGGAUCAACCUGCCACUGCUUCUUGUGUCAACGCUGGUGGAACUUCUGCUGGUCUUAUUGAUCCCAGAAGCUGCUUGUAAUAUCAGCCAGAAAAUCAUAGAAUGGAAUUAAAAUAAUAAUAAUAACAAUGGAAAGUGCAUGCAUGUGCUAAUAAGAAAUACUCUUUCUGUCAACUAAAAAAAAUAGUCCGCUUAGUUGAAUUUUUGUUUAACAAAUGGAUUAUUUUUUUCAGAACAGUUGAAGUGGAGUAUUUUGUAGUCGCAUGUCUAGGUUAAAAAAAAAAAUGACGAGAUUAUUAAAUGUAUCCUUAGAAAUCCUUGUAAGAAAAAUAUUUGCUAGUUAGCUUGAGCCUGUGGCUUGAAAUGGCCGUUUUGGUUGAGCCUGGCCUUGCAAAAAGCAUUUCAUAUUUGC